CCCCAUCACAGUAGUUUGUGCUUAGGUCUUCCUACUUGGAAAGUGGUCUGGCUCUUGUCCUUGUCUCAAAAGUUUUAAAGUCAGAAUGAGGGAAAUUGUGCACAUCCAGGCCGGCCAGUGCGGAAACCAAAUUGGUGCAAAGUUUUGGGAGGUCAUCAGUGACGAGCACGGCAUCGACCCCACAGGCACCUACCAUGGAGACAGCGACCUCCAGCUGGACAGAAUCAGUGUCUACUACAAUGAGGCGACUGGUGGUAAAUAUGUGCCCAGGGCCAUCCUGGUGGACCUGGAGCCUGGCACUAUGGACUCUGUGAGGUCGGGACCCUUCGGACAGAUCUUCCGACCUGACAACUUUGUGUUUGGCCAGAGUGGAGCAGGUAACAACUGGGCCAAGGGCCACUACACGGAAGGAGCAGAGCUGGUGGACUCGGUCCUGGACGUGGUGAGGAAAGAGGCUGAGAGCUGCGACUGCCUUCAGGGGUUCCAGCUGACACACUCCCUGGGUGGGGGCACGGGGUCAGGCAUGGGCACCCUGCUCAUCAGUAAAAUCCGCGAGGAGUACCCCGACCGCAUCAUGAACACCUUCAGUGUGGUGCCCUCUCCCAAGGUGUCAGACACGGUGGUGGAGCCCUACAACGCCACGCUGUCCGUCCACCAGCUGGUGGAGAACACGGACGAGACCUACUGCAUCGACAACGAGGCGCUCUACGACAUCUGCUUCCGCACUCUCAAACUCACGACGCCCACUUACGGAGACCUCAACCACCUGGUGUCCGCCACCAUGAGCGGAGUCACAACCUGCCUUCGUUUCCCCGGCCAGCUCAACGCCGACCUCCGCAAGCUAGCCGUCAACAUGGUGCCCUUCCCCCGCCUGCACUUCUUCAUGCCCGGCUUCGCGCCCCUCACCAGCAGGGGGAGCCAGCAGUACCGUGCCCUCACUGUGCCCGAGCUCACCCAGCAGGUGUUCGACGCCAAGAACAUGAUGGCCGCCUGCGACCCUCGCCACGGCCGCUACCUCACCGUGGCCGCCGUGUUCCGCGGCCGCAUGUCCAUGAAGGAGGUGGACGAGCAGAUGCUGAACGUCCAGAACAAGAACAGCAGCUACUUCGUGGAGUGGAUCCCCAACAACGUCAAGACCGCAGUGUGCGACAUCCCUCCCCGAGGCCUCAAGAUGGCCGUCACCUUCAUCGGCAACAGCACGGCCAUCCAGGAGCUGUUCAAGCGCAUCUCCGAGCAGUUCACAGCCAUGUUCCGCCGCAAGGCCUUCCUGCACUGGUACACGGGCGAGGGCAUGGAUGAGAUGGAGUUCACGGAGGCUGAGAGCAACAUGAACGACCUGGUGUCAGAGUACCAGCAGUACCAAGACGCCACCGCGGAGGAGGAAGGCGAGUUCGACGAGGAAGCCGAAGAUGAUGCUUGAGAUUAAUGUGAAGAUUAAUGUGGAAAAGCAACCUUUUGGGUCCCAAAAAAAUGUUGAGCGUUUCUAUAAUUGAAUAAGAUAAAUUUGAAUACACUAGACACUUUUGUGACUGCAAAUAAAUCAAUUUC